AUGGCAAAUACUAUCUUUCUUUCACUGCCGGAGACCGAGUGGAAGCGCCCACCCCCGGAUACCGACUGCACCGCCCAGCUCUGGGCACCAGAACUCCACAGCAUCGACGGCCGUUGGUACAUCUACGUCGCCGGUGCUCACCCAGCUCAGGGAAACAGAUCACACCGAAUGUACGUUCUCGGUGGUCCGCCAGCAGACACAGAUCCCACCGCCGGGACUUGGGAGAACCUAGGACUCAUCCGAGGCCUGCCACAGCAGCAAUGGCAAAUCGAUGGAACGGUCUUCAGCAUCGACAACCGGCUCUUCUUGGUGUACUCAGGAUGGCCGUUCGAUAAUGCGGACCUUUCAGACCUUGUGCAAGAGCUCUUCAUCGUGCCACUGAGUGAUCCUGUGACUGCGGCAGCGCGCCAACCGGUGCGAAUAUCGACGCCGGAGCAUCCGUGGGAAUGGACUGCAGACCAUGGAAUCAAUGAAGGGCCGCAGUGGUUCGAGUCAGCCGAUGGGCGGUGGAGGGGACUUGUGUACUCGUGUGCCGGAUCCUGGACCAAAGACUACAAGAUGGCGACGUUACAGUACACAGGCGGCGACCCGAUGGACCCGAGAAGUUGGCGAAAGAGCAACAAACCGUUGAUUGAAAACGCACCAGGGAGAGGACCGUAUGCGCCAGGUCACGGGAUGUUCAUGAAGCUAGGAGAGGAGACGGUGGCGGUGUUCCACGCAACGGACAACGAUAAUGAUGGUUGGAAUGGAAGAAAAGCCAGAGUGCAAAGAGUGAAAUUCACCAAUGAGGGACCAGAGAUGGGCGGACGCGUGGGACUGGCUGGCGACGCGGACAUGUUCACGGGCUACGGAUCACUUGACCGUCGGCAUGAGCGUCGCCACAGCCUUCGUGAUCUGUGGGGUUCGGUGUUCUCGAGGGUUUCUUAG